UUUAUUUUUACUUUUGAAUUCGUAUUCUGAGUUUUAUUAUACGAGUAAAUAUAAUAUUUGUAUCUGACAAUAUGCUGAAACUAUAAUUUCAUGCGGCUUAAUUUCAAGCCAUUGACACACAUAAUCACGCGUCGUGACAAUCGCGAGCACGUGCUAUUGAUAACUAUACACUGAUACACGAAUGACAUGAAUGUAAAAAUCGGCAUCGCAGGCCACUUAAGGACAAUGACGAUUUAGAUAAGUAUUUUACGCAGUUUCACAAUAGAAGAAACAAAAUCAAUUUUAUCACCUUCAAUAAUUAGUAGAGUACACAUCUUUCUGCAAGUAAUAUUUUACCUGAACAAGUUAAAAAAAUAGUAAUAAAUACACGCUUUGCAAACCGCGAUGUUUUUGUAGUGGACCAAAGUAAAAUAAAGAAAACUUGUGCGCUUGGAAAAUUUUCCAAAUUAAAAUAAAUAAGAGAAAGAUUAAUUUCUAUACAUUUAUGGAUUUAGAAAAAUCUUAUCAACAUUGAAACUCGAAACAUAUCGCGCAUAAAGACUGAAAUGACUUUGUUAAAUUAAUAUGCAUAUACAGAAAAAGGAAAUGCAGUUUAUUGUUGAACCUAUUGGCAGUCACAGAUGUAGCUGAAACGUCACGUACAAUGCGUCGUCAGGAGUGGCUGUAAUCAUUUACCUGAAGUAGGGGAUCUGAUAAUCAACAUUCUUUCACGCAAUAUAGAUGGUGAAAGGGAACACAGUCCUCUACGAAUAUUCGACACACGAGUUACCGGUUUAUUCUGGAAGACAAAGUUUCGCACUUCCCAGUCCACUAGAAAUCGCAGUCCCGCCGAUCUGAACGCUGAAUUGUUCCCGCAAGGAUGAUUGUUCGGUUCAGCAUGUACUGGUUACCAUUGCUCACGUUGUCACUCCAAGUCUGCUGGGGAUUCACUGGACGUGGACUUUUUUAUCCCGGUAGGACAGAUCUGUUCGAGCUGUCGAUAAUACAUUUGAAUGAUUUCCAUGCCAGAUUCGAACAGACGAACCCGACUUCUGGGACCUGUCGCGAAGAUCAGAAGGAGGACUGCGUGGGGGGAAUCGCCAGAGUCUACACGGCGGUCACUCAGCUCCUCGAAGAACGGCCGAAUGCGAUUUUCUUGAAUGCCGGCGAUCAUUUCCAGGGAACUCUUUGGUAUAAUGUGCAUCGUUGGAAUGUUACCGCAGUAUUCAUGAACAUGUUGCCACACGAUGUCAUGACGAUCGGCAAUCAUGACUUUGAUAAUAAAAUUGAAGGCAUUGUCCCUUUUCUUAAAAACGUCAAAGCGCCAGUUGUGGUAACGAACAUUGAUGACAGCGAGGAGCCAACUAUACAGGGUUUAUAUCAGAACAGUACGAUCAUCGAGAGGAACGGCACCAAGAUCGGAGUUAUUGGUGUCAUUUUGUCGACUACAAACAUGCUGGCGGAUACAGAAAAAUUAAAGUUCUUGGACGAAGUGGAGACGGUUAAUGACGAAGCUCAGCGAUUGAAAGAAAAAGGAAUAGACAUCAUUAUAGUCUUAAGCCAUUGCGGAUUGGAUGUGGACAGGAUCAUGGCUGCGAAGUGUCCCUUGAUCGAUGUAAUCGUCGGUGGUCAUUCGCACACGUUUCUUUAUACAGGACCUCCGCCAUUUAUUGAUACACCAGCAGACGAGUAUCCCGUAGUGGUCACGCAAGACGAGACGAAUCGAACAGUUCUCAUCGUUCAGGCAGCUGCUUAUACAAAAUAUUUGGGUAAUUUGACGGUAUGGUUUGACGAGCAAGGCGAGGUCGUCGACUGGGAUGGAAAUCCAAUUCUUCUGGAUUACUCUAUCAAGGAAGAUCCGACAAUUGUGGAAGCUCUGAAGCCAUGGAAAGAGGAAGUGGAUGCAUUGGCGUCAAAGAAAAUUGGUAAAACAAAAGUCUUACUUUCAAGAAGCAACUGUCGCUACGAGGAAUGCAACAUGGGAAAUCUUAUAACCGACGCUAUGGUAGACGCAUAUAUAGAUUCUGCCGAGAAUAAGACUCAGUGGACGUACGCUGCGGUAGCCUGCACAAAUCCAGGCGGAAUUCGCACUUCCAUUGAAGAGUCUGAGAUCACCUACGGUGAUCUGAUGAUGGUCCUGCCUUUUGAAAAUACUUGGGACAUUAUUGAAUUGACUGGAGAGUCCAUUAAAAAGAUCCUGGAAAUUGAGGGAAUCCUAGCAUGGUCAGGACUAAAAAUAACUUAUAAUGUAGCCAAUAAAACGCGAACUGCGGCCGAUGUUAAAAUCAGGUGCCAAACUUGUGAGUAUCCGAAAUAUGAAGAUUUGCUGCAUGAUGAAUGGUACAGGGUAGUAGUACCAAGUUUCUUGAUCACUGGUGGAGACGGUUAUUACAUUUUCAAGAAUAGCAGUCGUAACCAUCAAGUUGGAAUGCGCGAUAUAGAUCACUUUACAAAAUAUGUGGAAAGGAUAAGCCCGAUAUUUAUGGGAAUUGACAGGCGAACAGUCUUUGUAGAGUCUUAGAAAUCUUCUAGAUUAAUUUUUUGCUAUGUGAUAGUGAAACUUAAACAGACUGAAUUUCUGAAUAUUAGAGAGAGAGAGAGAGAAAGAAAAAUAGAGAAAAAUUAAUCAUUCUUAAUGAUUAUGAACCGACACAAAUAAUUUGAAAUUUGUGAAUCAGAAUCUAACAGAAAAUCGAUUCAAAAGUUUUUUACACGUAUAAAUAUGCGAAUUUGAAGAUGUGCAUAAGAAGUAUCUAGAUCCAUAAUGUCAAAUUAGAUUUUUAUUCGCACAAGACCUCCAUAAUUUAUUAUUUUUCUUAAAUUAAAUAAUAAUUAUUAUAUUUGACAAAUCUCAAAUUUCUCUCUCAAAGUCACGACGCAAAGUUAUCGUUGUAUAAUAUAAUAACAUAUACGAAAUUAUUCACAAAAGUCAUAAAUAAUUUUUAUAUUUUUGAGUAAAGCUGUCUCUUCACAUUGCAAUAUUUUCCUCGACUUGAUAUUUUUCAAGAAACUUUUGAAAAGUUUCAUCAGCAAAAGACCAGACUGAUUUACACGAAAGAAAGAAAGGUUUGUGAGGGCCUUGCGUGAUAGCCGUAAGAAAGCAGGAAACGCUGGUCGCUUAUCUCGCGGUAUCUCGAGAUCGGGGCAGAUGAAGCAUUUAAAUAAUGUAUCGAACAGGUGAAAUAGCAGCUGUUCGUCCGUAUUCCUGCUCUCGACCAGAAUGCGCGAACCGCUUUGUAGCGCCGGCAACGAACGCUCGUUUUUAACGAUGAAAGGAAAAAAAAACAGAUUAAAAAUAUUUCUGUAUUAUAUUUUCACAUUAUUACAUAUUUAUGACAAUAUUCUGCCAAUAUUUUGUUUCUCCACAAUGCAUGUUGUAUAAUACAUGCAUAUUCUUUUAUAAUAUACAGUAUGUUCAUAA